GAAGGCAAUGACUCCUCUAGUCCAUUUAGCUAAUUUCCUGACAAAGAAACAAUGGCUUCCAUUCCUUCAAAAAUUCAAUCAUCUCACCAUACUCGGUCUAACAGCUUGCCCUCCAUACCACACCCUGUAACUUCACAGAUUGAUGGGCAUCUAAGCAGGUUGAGAACAUCUGAAUCUGCCUCCACAUCGUCGUCAAUCAGUCAAAAAUUAAGAGGCCUUCAAGGUUUGCAUGAAUGCAUAGACAAGUUGCUUCUGUUGCCCCUAACCCAACAAGCUUUAACAAAAGAGCAGAGAAAGAAAUGGGUUGUAGAGAUGUUAGAUGGAUCUCUAAGGAUCUUGGAUGCCUGUAGCACAGCCAAAGAUGCCUUGUUGGAUACAAAAGAAUGCUCAUGUGAACUUCAAUCCAUUAUGCGCAGGAAAAGAGGAGGUGAAAUGGCCCUUGUGAGUGAGAUCAGGAAAUACUUAACCUCCAGGAAGGUGAUGAAGAAAGCAACCCAGAAGGUGCUGAAGAAUUUGAAGGGCAUGGAAAAAUGCAAUAACGAUGAUCAAACUCCUUCCAUGGCUACCAUGUUCAGAGAGGUAGAAGGGGCUGAUAUCACCUUGUUUAAGUCCUUGCUGUCCUUUAUCUCUGGGGCAAAGGUACAACCAAAGACAAGCAAAUGGUCUUUGGUUUCCAAGCUUAUUCACCACACAAGAGUAGAAUCCGAGCAAGAAGUAGAUGCAAAUGAAUUUUCUAAGGUGGAUGCUGCACUGCAAUUCAUCAUUGGUCAUAAAGACAAUUAUAGCCAGAUUGAGAAUGUGCAAAAAAAGCUGCAAAAUCUGGACUCCUGCAUUCAAGAUCUUGAAGAAGGAAUUGAGUGCCUCUUCAGAUGCUUGAUUAAUGCCAGAGUCUCCAUUCUUAACAUCCUCAAUCACUAGAAAAUUACAACAAAAACAAAAAUGUAAAGAUGAAAUAUGCAUGUAACAUCUUUUAUGCAAGUACAUAUUUUUUGAUACAAAUUAUUGCCACUUAUUACAGUCUUCUCAUUAAAAACAAUUUGUUUGGAUCUGGACAAGAAAUCUUAUUCUACCCA